AUGGACUCGCCAAUGAAUCUUACACAGCCAGAGAAGGACGAACCGCAGAUCGAAUGUUGGGACGAUGAUGACGACCUGCAAUUUAACGAGGGCGUUCAAUUUGGUGCUGCAUCCAGCACUGGAUCGGUCACUAACUCCUCGUUCAGACCUUCGGGGCAUCGAGACUCGAUCUCAUCUCGUCGGUCUGCUCGAUCUGAUCUAGACUCGAACGCCGGGGACGAGGACUGGCAGGUCCCUUUGCACGACAGCGAUGACUUCGCUAAAGAAGAAGCCCUUGCCUCAGCCAAACGAGCGGGAAUUCCCAUACCCGCGAAUAUUCCGAGUUCUGCUCUUCUCGGCGGCGCCAUCAAGCGCUUGUCAAAUCGAAAAUCCAAAAGAACCUUUGUGGACGACUGGACGGAAGAUGUGGAGCUUCCAGGGCCAGAAUUCAUUUUGAAACUAAGGAACUCCCAACAUGCAACAUUCCCAGACACUAUUCGCCAGAUCAGCUCAACAGUCACAAGUCCCGUGAAGUCGACAGCUUCUUCAAAUUGGAAUGAGGAUGUCUCAACGCGUUUGCAAUCGGCGCUCACGGGUCUAGAUCGAAUUCAGGAUGAGAAUGAUGAACCUAUCAACCAGUAUGUUCCCAUACUAAAAGCGCCUACUCCACGGUCGCCACAAAAGCCUCCUACAAGGGUCCCUGCAGGUGACCUUCUUGGGACACAGGAGUCGGAUGAUUUCGACCAGGAUCUCGAAUUACCUCCGGAUCAUCAGCCACUUCAACUAUCCCAUCGCAAAGAUACUACCAGAUCAACCAGUCCUACUUUCGACGACUUUGACCUCGAAUGGUCUGAAGGGAGCAUAGGCGUGCGAGUAGGGGGGACUGCUAGAGAUGGUCGCUCAAUCCCCAGCUCCUCAAUCUCAAUUGCCAGUCCCAGUGUGUCAAGUUGUAUCACUGGCGAAAGUGACGAUGGCCUGGAUGGCCUGGUGUUUCCCGACGGACCACUGGACUUUUCUGCUUCCCUUAAAAGACGAGAAGAAGAAAGCCCCUCGGAGCACGCAAGGAAAGGUAAAGAGCUACCCAGAGCAUCGGAGUCAAUGGAUGCCGAUGAUUUCUUCGCUGGCCUUGAUGUUGACAACGGGAGAGCCUUUGCGCAGAGAAAGUUGAAUCUUAACCCUAAUGUCAAAUGCAAAACAGAGUGGCCAUCAAGUCCAACACGGCGGUCUGCAACGACUUUGACUUUCACCAACCCUGGCGCCAGUGCAACCUCUACAACUGGCUCUCCUCGUCAAUUUACCCGGAUUCCUCGGCUUUCUGGUCAUGAAGCUACUCUUUCGAGUAAUCUUGAAACCGUUUCAGAAAGCGGUGCACCGAUUUCCAAGUUUCAGAGACCCCAGUCUCGCCUUGGCCACUCCUCACAAUCUUCGAUAUCCAGUCUUCCGGCAUCUGCAACAAACUCAGCCUCUCCAAAUCCGACACCUCCAAGCCGGAGACUUCUUGGGCCGCGAGCGGCUCGUAAUCCUGCACCUGCGGGAAAUGCUCCUACUCCUGCCCGACUUCGGACAAAAAGAUCACUCCCUUCUAUUCGUGGCACUGCGACUGCUACUACAGCUGCGAGUUUGCAGCGAACCCCCUCCCAUACAGAUGGACAUGUUCGACCGUCUGCCGUCCGACCUAAGACUCCGGUCGAGCGAACUUCAUUCUCAGAUAGCAGGCCAUCUGCUCCAAGAGUGCAACCGACUUUCAUCUCUGCAACUGCAUCGGAAAGGCAACCACACCAUAGUAGUAUCAAGAUAUACCGCCCGUCUCGUCGCCAGAGCUCCGAUGGAUCUAGUAGCCUUCUCAGUCCCCAGCAAACAUCUUUACCAUCGCGAUCAAACCGACCAAACUCUUUCCGCUUAAGCCUUGAUGACAGUAGAUCGGAAACCAUCAGUUCUACGGCCAAACGUACGCUUACUCGACCGACCAGACGGCGAAAUUUCGGAGAUGGCACCGAGUUGGAAUCGUUUGAUGAUCUGCCUACGUCGGUUUCUGCGGAAAGCAAGUUUACCAAAAAUCCCGCCGGGCGAGGUGUCCCUCGACCAGGACAGGCCAGGCUCAGUCAGAGCCGCAUUAAUUCCAUCAGCGAACCACCCACACAAAUCACUACACCACCCUCAAUCUCUAAACCUCUCAACUCCACGCCACGUUUCGCCCGAGAUACAAAUGCCUCCCGAAAUGCACGAGAGCAGCGCAUUGCUUCUAUAAAUUCCCGCAAUCGCGAUGCUAGCUCGCUUGGCUCAUUCAACUCAAACUGGAAGCCUAAUCCCAUAUCUCGUAUUUCACCCAAUGCCGCACCCAUCCGAAGCCGAAAAAGUAAAUCAACGACCAAGUCACAAUCCAAACCCCAGUUGAUAAAACCUAUGGGGGCAGGGAUGCAAGAGCCUAAAUUCGUGAGAGGGAUGCGAUACAAUCCCAAUACUUUCCUCUGGGAAGGCAACGAAAAUUUUGGCCAGGAAUUCGACGUGGCUACAGCACCCAAAUCACCCAAACCCGCCCUGGCUCUGAUUAGCAAUGUAGGCAAUGUGAAUAAUGUUCAGACCGUCGGUGGUAUGGUCUUCGAUCCGCAACGCAUGUGCUGGCUUCGAGCCUCGCCUCGUGAUUCCAGACAGCAAGGCAGACUCGUGCCUGAAGAUGAAGAUGAUGUUUUUGCGGGAUUAGAUGACCUGGAGGACAAAGCUGUCGGCACCAAAUGGACCACCAAAUCCCCGGAUGAUACCAGUCAGCCCCAUGUCACCGGAGAGGAACCGAGUGCAGGCGAGUCCUCUGAUGAAGGUCCUAUUACUGAAGAGUUUGACGUCGGCCCCGAAUUUAUUCGACGACAGAGAGCCGAAGAGGAGAAAUGGAGGCGGAAGGUCAAUAAAUGGGUUGGCUUUAAUCGGGAAGAUCGCAAUACUCACUGGCGAUGGGCUAUCCGGGACUUGAUGACGGACGGAAUGACGGACCCCAUGGUCAAGCAGGUUGUUUCUUACCCAACCGAGAUCCAUGAUUGUUAA